AUGCACCCGAUCUAUUAUGCAAGCAGAACACUGAAUGCUGCCCAGAUGAAUUACACAGUGACGGAGCAAGAGCUGCUUGCCAUUGUGUUUGCUUUUGAGAAGUUUCGGGCCUACUUGUUGGGGUCCAAAGUCGUGGUUUACACUGAUCAUGCAGCCUUGAGAUAUCUCAUGGCAAAGAAGGAAGCAAAGCCGCGACUGAUCAGAUGGGUGCUGUUGCUGCAAGAGUUUGAUUUUGAGGUAAAGGAUCGCAAGGGCACUGAAAACCAGGUUGCUGACCAUCUCUCUCGCCUUGAAGAGGCUGGGAGACCUUCUGAUGAGCUUGACAUAGAUGAUGCUUUUCCGGAUGAGAGGGUGUUGGCUGUGCACAUGGAGGUGGCACCAUGGUAUGCUGAUAUUGCAAAUUAUUUGGUCACAGGUAUAAUUCCAGAAGAUAUCAAAGCCUACCAAAAGAAGAAAUUCUUGCGGGAUGCUCGGCAGUACUGGGACGAGCCUUAUCUGUUCCGAACAUGCGCUGACAACAUCAUUCGGCGAUGUGUUCCGGAAAGUGAAGUGAUGGCGAUUCUAAAGGCGUGCCAUGACUCUCCUGUUGGGGGUCAUCAUAGUGGAACUCGGACCGCAGCUAAGGUACUUGAAUGCGGUUAUUACUGGCCGACCAUAUUUCAUGAUGCUAAUUUAUUGGUGCGGUCUUGUGACCAAUGUCAAAGGCAAGGGAACAUAGGCAGAAGGCAAGAGAUGCCUAUGAAUUUUGUUAUGGAGGUGGAAGUGUUCGAUGUCUGGGGGAUUGACUUCAUGGGACCCUUUACAAGUGGGCAAGUUGAAGUGUCCAAUAGGGAGAUCAAGAGUAUUCUAGCAAAAACAGUCAAUGCAAAUAGAACUGAUUGGGCCCGCAAGCUCGAUGAUGCUCUAUGGGCAUACCGAACUGCUUUCAAGACUCCGAUUGGGACUUCACCCUUCAAGCUUGUAUUUGGAAAAGCUUGUCACUUGCCGGUUGAACUUGAACACAAGGCUAUGUGGGCUUUGAAGAAACUAAAUAUGGAUUGGGAGGAAGCAACCAAGCUCAAAUUGUUCCAACUAAAUGAGAUGGAUGAGUUUCGGUACCAGGCAUAUGAGAGUGCAGCACUGUAUAAAGAAAGGAUGAAGCAUUACCAUGAUAAGAAGAUCUUGAAGCGAGAGUUUUACAAGGGUGAUCCUGUGUUGCUGUUUAACUCCCGAUUGAAGUUGCUGCCUGGUAAGCUUAAAUCGAGGUGGUCUGGUCCGUUUGAGGUGGUAGGUGUUUCACCCCAUGGAGCGAUUGAGUUAAAGUCCGGAGAUGGAACUCGGACAUUUAAGGUGAAUGGGCAGAGAUUGAAGCACUACCACGGGAUGGUUUCGGAGGAUAGGAUUGUUGAUCGAUACAGGUUGAAGCACCUCGGAACGAACAAUGAUCUGGUGCACACUGAUAAGGAGUGA